GUGAGCUGAUAAACCAGCCGGGCUGAAAAAAACAACAAAGCAGGGUUUUUUUUAAAAACCUUUUGAAUGGAAGGUCUCCGGUCUCUUCCCCCCCGUCCAUUUCUCCCAAAUAGUCCGAUCCAACCCUAGAGGGGAAAGAGGGAGGGAGAGCGAGACAGCUGAUCAGUGCUGUGGUAUUCUGAGUUUAGAGAACAGAGAGAGAGAGAGAUUGAGGAAGCUGACACAAAAAAAGGAAGAAGCAGUAACCGUGUGUGAAGAACAAACAGUUUAAAGAGUUUUGACGGCUUUUGGAAGAUAAAGAAAACAAGAGAGUGGGUUAGAAUUAAAGAGAUAGAAUGAGAGAUCGAGAGAGAGAAAGGGCUUGACAUCAAAAGAAGAAAUCAAACAUCAUCAGAAAAAGAAAUUGGCAUGAAACGUGACUCGAGUGCCACGUGAAGUUUCCUGCUGCUGAAGAAAAACAUCUCAAGAAGAGGAGAGAGCGAGAGAAGACAAACACAGGGUGAAUUACCUUAGAAUAAGAAGACAGAAAUUGCACGAAGCAAGAAAAUGCGAUGAAACGUGACCAGAGGACGUAGGAGGAUAGAGAGAAAGAGAGAGAAAAAAAACAGAAGAGAGGAGGAGAGAGAAAGAGACACAAGCUCGGCUGCAGAUCCGUGAAGACGUGUGCGCGCACGUUUUUUUAAGAAGAGAUGUCGUGGCUGUCGCCCAUGCAAUGGGCCAAAUGGACCUGGUCUGCUAUGAAAGGAACAGAAGAGGAUGAGCAAAAUCAGAAUGACGUCCAGAAUGGAGGGAUAGAGGAAGAAGAAGAUGAGGAAGAGGAGAGAUCUCAGAGCUUCAGGCAAGUCGGCUCUCAUGACAGCAUGACUAAAGAUCAACAGGCAUACAGGCUGCACAGCUCGGAUUCAGAGGGUCAUUUCGAGACACCCGAGACGGAGUCACCUGUCCAUCAACCACUGGCUCCACCCACAACACGCAUCACAGAAGAGGACGUUGAGUCCUUUGCCGUAACGUCGGUGCCCAAACUUUCCACCCAGAACAACUGUCCAAGACCAGACCUUGAUGAUUUGGACUGUAACAGCCUUCUUCCAGAAAUUCCGAAGAUGAAAUCUCCGCUCAUUCCCGAAUCCACAGAGAUGGAACCAGUCACACACAGUUCUGUAGACUUGGAUGAUAUUCCUCUUCCCAAAAAAUCUCACGCCUACCAACCAGACACAAAACAUCUGGAUGAUGACGAGGCUGGAUCUCAGAAACAAAGAAGUACAAUGGAAGCUGAUGAAAAUCAGACAUCUUCAGAAAAUGAGCCUGGACAUGACCUGUCUGAUGUUCCUCUACCUGAUCCUUCACACGGUUUAAAACAGACGUCUGAAAUUCAAGAUGCCGAUGUAGAGUGCAAAAAGUCUCCGUCUCAGAAACGAGGAAACAAACCUGGAACCAAACCGACAUCUAAGAAACAGAAGCCCAAAGCGAUGGUGGAGGAAAACGACACACAGGCGCAUCUGAAUGUGGACGAUAUUCCUAUCCCUAAAACAUCCUACAGUUUUGACCCGAGUCAGUGGGACGACCCCAAUUUCGAUCCAUUCGGUGGGAAAAACAAAGUCGGGAACUCUCCGACACGCACAAAACCAUCGCACGAUUUCAAUCAGGAUAACUUUGAUGACUCGCUGGAUGCAUUUAAGUCGUCUAACAAGAUUGUUGGGAGCAGCGGCUCAGAGACGACCAGCGAUGAGAAAAAAAAGUGGGAACAGAAGAAAGAGCGCCCUCUGUCGGAAGAGAGGAAAGUGAGGCAGUCAUCCAAGAAGAGCAAAGACCAGAUCAUCACAAACACAUGCAAAGUGAAGAAGUAUGAGAACACACCGUUAGCACUGGACGUCUGCAAGCAGGUUGAGGAAGAACAGGAAGAGCCGGUGCGUCACGCCACAGAUGAGGAGAAACUCGCAUCUACGUGCACGAUGCAGAAACAAGAUAAAACGUCUACGACGUCAGAAACGGACGACGACCCAGAUCUCAUCAAAAAAGAUAAUUUUUCUGAGAAGGAGAUCUGCACACCUAGUGAGACUGUGGAGAAGACCAGUCCCAGUCUGGACUCCAUCGCGCUCAGUGAGAUGGACAAAGCUGCCGUUCUGACACUUAUCAGAGAGGAGAUAAUCGCGAAAGAGAUCGAAUCAAAUGAGUGGAAGCAGAAAUAUGAGGAGAGCAGAAUGGAGGUGUUGGAGAUGAGGAAAAUAGUGGCGGAGUACGAGAAGACAGUAGCCCAGAUGAUCGAAGAUGAACAGAGGAAGAACAUGGGCUCUCAAAUAAGCGUCCAGCAGGUGAUAAAAGAGCGGGAUCAGGCUAUAUCCGAUCUUAACUCAGUCGAACGCUCACUCUCUGACCUGUUCCGCCGCUACGAGAACUUAAAGACAGUGCUGGAGGGAUUUAAAAAGAAUGAGGAGGUUCUGAAGAAGUGCGCUCAAGAAUAUUUAGCGCGCGUCAAGCAGGAGGAACAGCGUUAUAACACGCUCAAAAUCCAUGCUGAGGAAAAACUCGACAAGGCAAACGAAGAGAUCGCUCAGGUGCGUUCGAGGGCGGAUGCAGAGUGUGUGGCACUGAACGCUAGCCUGAGGAAGGAACAGAUGAAGGUGGAGUCUCUGGAGAGAGCGCUGGAACAAAAGAAUCAAGAAAUCGAGGAGCUCACGAAGAUUUGCGACGAACUCAUCGCCAAACUCGGUCCAACAAACUGAUCACUGAGCACACGUGGAUUUCAGCUUCGAGCUUAAGUCCUGACUGAACUCCACCUUCCUUUUACACUGCUCCGCCUCUUACGCAGUCCUGCAUGUCUGGAUCUCUCUCCAACAGCUGCAGUGCAGAACUGCAACAUCAGCUAAAGUAACGCAUCAAUAAUAAAGACUCUUUCGAUUCUUUAGGUGUUAACACGGCCAUCUGCACGCAUCAUCAGGGCUAACUGCAGUAUAGCCAUGAGUCACAAAUCUAAAUGCAUUAGUGCUUUGCGAUGGCUGUGCUUUUUGGAUGCACUGUGUGUUUCAUCCAUGAGGCGAACAUGUGCAGGUGUGUGUGGGCAUAAUUUGUUCUCGUGUGUGUGUCAUCCUUCCUUACAAUACAUGCACGUUGUAAUUUGCGUAUAUGUGUGUGUGAGAGAGACAGAGAAGGUGGCUAUAUUUCCCAGACUAUAAGAUUUUUUUAUUUUUUUUUGCUCAAUUAUAUUUAAAUAUUUUUGCUUUUACCAUCAAGAGUUGUCUUGGCAACACAAAUAAAAAAGCACAGAUAAAACCAAACGGGAUGCUAUUUGCAUAACUACUAAGCAAUUACUCAUGCUUAUAAACUGAUGUCCAGUGCUUAGAUAUGGUGUGUAGUAAUAACACAAUGAGGCAUGAUGUUAUAGGAAAAUAAUCAAUGACAGGGUAGUUGGGAUGAAACAGGAUGUUUUACAACCACAAUGUUUUAUUGCUCUUAUACUGCAAUUUUCCAACACUAAAAAAGUUUUAUCUAUAAAAAAAAACACAGCAAACCUUUUAUCCAUUGCUUUUAGUGUUGUUAAAUGUCUGCGACCACUUGCAUUACAGCAACUGUAGAAUUAUUUUAAUAGUAGUGACUAGACAAACUAAAACCACUUCAACAAGUCUUACACUCUGGAAAAUAUAGUAAAUGUGUAUGCAGGUAACUGUGCUUUGUGUGUGAAUGUGUGUUUGUGUGUUUGAUAAAAGGGUUCAUCUGCUCGUAUUUUUCUCCUUCACUCCAAAAACACCACAGGUGCAAGUGCCAAUGCAAUCCCAUGACGCACACAUUUUAGUGUAAAUAACAAUUUGUUGCGUUGUUAACUUUAUAUUAUUAUAAAGGUUUAUGGUUCAGUUAUUUUAUGAGGAUUUUAUUGAAAAAUCUUGCUAACAGAUUAGCGUGUGUAGUGUUUCCUUGUGUCAGUGUACACACACCCAGGGGUUUUGUGUUACAGAAGUUUAACCUUUGAUAAAAUAUUUAAGUUAUGUUCAGUAAUGCACUAAUGCUAUAGUUUGGACUGGUAUUAGGUCUGCAAUUUUCCCGGUUCAGUAUAGACGAAGCUUCGAUUUAAUCGGAUUAGCCACACUUUGCCUUUUACUGCUUACUGGUUUAACACGAAAUGCAAACCAUCGUAAAUAUGUCGUAACGUAGAAUCAGUCUCGCACUAUCUAGCUCCUUUAGCAAAUAUAUUAACAUUACUAACGUAUAAGUAGCUAUAUAAUGUCGCUAGCUACUAGUUUAGGUUGUGUAAUUAAAGCUACUGUCGAGUUUCCGAUUGGCUAAUCAAAUGAAACUUAAGCUCCGCCCAUAUUGAAUUAGUGAUGCUUUAAAACGUGGCAUCGCUAGUUACGUUAUAUUGAAUCAGGUGUGACGCACAACGAGAUCAAAAUGAAUUGAAAGGGAUCAAACUUGAUCUUUAAUCUGAUUUUCUUUUUAUGAAGAUAUAUAUACCGUUUUAAUUAUUAUAGUUUUUAAAAACAUUUCACUGAAUACACUUUAAGCACUUAAGAGAUCAUGAGGAACUGUUUAUCAAAAAUGUACUUGAGUCUUUUUUUUUUCUUUCAACAAUUGUACAUGUUUUUUAUCGCUCGGAUUCAUCUGAGCUUUUUGUCUGUGUUUCAGUACUGCUUUUGACCUGCUCUUGUUGACUUCACAUAAGGUCAUUAGAUUUAUUGGAGAUGGGGUUAUUGGAAGUGUAAAUAGAAGUUUGAAUGAUUUUUUUUUUUUUUUUUUUGGCCCAUGACCGCUGAUGAAACUGUGGUACUCUUCUAAGAUAGCUAAUUGAAAUACAAAUUAGAUUGCAUUCUAGGUUUUUAUUUAUCAAGUUAGACAAUGGGCUUAACCUUUUUAACCUGCCAGUCCAUUUUCCCCAUUUUGCCGAGAAUGUCACAUCCAAAAUUAAAUGCUUAUUGUUCCCACAUACGUUAGUCCUCAUGCAUAUUGCUUAGAUUAGAACAGAGACUAGAAUUAAGCACUUUAUUUCCACCUGCUUUACACAUCUCUGAACAGAUGAGUGCCUGUUGCUUCAGGUUCAGAACGUUCCCUUAGAAAGCCUCCCUGGCCUGGCUACAGCCACAGGUCCUAUGCAUUUAAUGGUAAGGACACACAUAUGAUAACUCAUUUGGAGGUUAUGUUGCAAAUAAAACUAUUUUAACUGGUGUGAAUAAUGUAUGAUAAAAUGGUUUGCGGGAUCAAAUCCUGAGAUUCUAAACUUCCUAAUAGUAUAUUGGUGUACUGUAUAUUGCUUGAUCGAUUAAUGAUUGGAAAUGCUGUAAAAUAUCCCAAAGGUGUAGACUCAACAGGGACUCAAGAAAAUAAUCUGUACAAAUUGCCAAGGAAAACUGUAAAUAUCAUAUUAUUUUGUAAUAUAUUUCCCAUCAAACCAGCUGAUUAACAUGCUAGUGUAAUUCUCUGAGAAAAUCCUUUCAGUUGCAUUUUUACUAUUGAGAUGGCAUUUAUUAGUUACUUGUGUGGUGUGACGGGACAUCAACAUGGGUGUGUUGAAAAAAGUAUCGGAACACCUCACCUUUGCGAAUGAACAAAAUAUUUUUCUAUAAAUGCUGUUCGACUGACAAUCCAGCUUUUCAUCUGUGCCUGUUGCCAAAGCCACUCCAGUGAAGCUGCCAGUGUCGUAUCCCACAAUUCCCUGCGUGUCAUAUGCAAUAGCUGCCAAAAUGUAUGUGUGAAGCAGACGUGAUGAUAUACAGCUUUGUUUCAGGAUGGCUUUUAUAAAGAAGUGUCCUUCUAUAAUCGAUCCCACUGUUUUGUGUACUGUACCUCACGAGUUUAACAUGAGAGCAGCGGAAAGCACAGUGGACGCUCCUUCCUACGUCCUUCCUUCCUGUUGCUGCUCUUUUCCUUUGAUACACCUUAAGCAGAUCCUGACAUUAUGUUAAAGUCAUCAGGAGUUUAGUGACGAUGAUGAUGUGAGGAUUUUAUGUGUGGACAUGCUUACAGUGCUGACCUAAUGUGUGUGUGUGUGUGCGUGUGUGUGUUCAUUGUCCUUCAUGUCUGUACAGUGAGAGAGAAAGAGAGCUGCACAAAAAUCAUGUUUACUAAUAUAUACAUUCUCUAUAUUCUAUAUUUUGUGCAUAAAGUGUCAUCUGAAUUAAAGGGAUUAUAAUACAAUGAA